GCUGCAACACAGUCAGUAGGGGACCUGUCCACUCCCUCAGCUAUAAAAAGGCAGUGCCCAGCUGUGUAUGCUCAUUCCCUGCAGACUUCAAACCCAGCCACAGUGAGAUUUUGGACCCUGCGUUGAAAAUGUCUGACUUAGAGAACUCCAUGGUAGCCAUCAUAGAAGUGUUUCACAAGUAUUCGGGAAAGGAGGGAGACAAGCACAAGCUGAAGAAAAGCGAACUGAAGGAUCUGCUCAACAAUGAGUUAGCAAGCUUUCUAGGGCAAAUCAAAGACCAGGCAACGAUGGACAGUUUAAUGGAGAGCCUGGACACUGAUGCUGACUCAGAAUGUGACUUUCAGGAGUUCAUGACCUUCAUCGCCAUAGUGACUAUCGGCUGUCAUGAGUUCUUUGAGCAACAGGAAGACGAGUAACAAAUCUACCCACCAUAUAUAUAUAUAUAUAAAUAAUUAUAGUUAAAAUGCACUGCAGACUUGUAACCCUUUCACCUGCCUUAACCUGUAUACAAACCUGUUGAUGGGGGUUAAUAGAUAGCAAUGCCUUUGGAACUUUGAACUGUGGCUGGCUAAUGCUGUUAUGCUUUAAAUUGUUGUUUUUAAUUUCUAGGGUGUUUACAGCGACCGUGGUAUAAACCAUAAUGUCUUAAAAUCUUUCCACUUUGCGAUCAAUAAGCAAAAUAAUAAAAAAAAAAACUAACCUGUAGGGAUUGCAAUGUACAUAUUUCUAGAUCUUAAAGAAGGAACAUCUAUAUGAAAAUUCGGGCCAUCCCACAUAGCUGACAUGACGUGAUAUUUAUGAAUGCUUUGGUGUUGGGAAACUUUAAACAUGCUUUUUUCUCUUGCCUUUAAGUCACAUGUAGAAUUAGUGAGACUCUUCUUUAAUCUGAUGGUUUAUUUUCUAACGUUGCUGGCUGCUUUUGCCGAUAAAUAGAACCUUUUUUCGUUGAGUCUGUUUCUGUAUUUGCAUUGUCUUCCUUCACCAGUAAGCCAGCUGUGUUUGAUGGCAUUUAAUCUCUUUGACAAAGCCACUUGUCAUCAAAAUGUUGGUCUAAUUAGGCAAGAAGCAAUUGUGACUUAUAUAUUAGUCGCACCUGUUCUGUGUUUAACAUUCUGCUGGAUUGUUUCUAUAUGUUAUUAAUGUUUCAAGCUCCUUUGUAUAUGUAGACACUUUAUUUGCACUUCAUCUCAUGGCUUUGGUUUGCAACAUGUUGUAUUUUCCAGCAUUGAGGUAUGGGCCAGGCCAGAUAAUGUAAAGAGUUUAGUAGUGUGUGCAGAUAACAUUGGUACCUUAUGUCAAGCACUUGUUGAAUGUUUUAAGACUGAAACGAAUGACAAUGGAGCUUGCAAUGUAUCCUCAAAGUCACAACAGUGUUACUGGCAAUGCAUACAUGCCUUAAUUUGUAUUACUGGUACAGUAUAACUUUGUAGCAAAUUUAAUUCAAGCCUGAAGUUGGCUGAAAAGUAUGUCCCUUUAAUGUGAUUAGGAAUGGAAAGCUAUUGCAAAGCAUAGCCAGCAAAUAAGCUUUGGAAGAUUGUCAGCUUGUAUUAAGAUCAUUAAUAAAAUGGUCAGUGCAAA